AUGACCGACCAGGAAGAGGCCGAGGCAGAGGAGCAAGAGGAAGCCGACAUGGCCGAGGAAGGAAUGGAGCCACUCUGGGCGCUGGCAGUUCCAGCACUUUCAGCCGCGCGGCUGCUCUCGUGCGACGAGAUAUGGGAGUUUGUGCAGAAGGCCGUUCGCGCGAAGCAAUACCGGGGCGAUGAGGGCCAAACUUUCAAGCUCAACGGCAAGAUGCUCAAUGCCUCCCUCAAGGGUGCCGUGAUGCUGCCAACGGUGCCGACUCCCGAGCGUGCUCGCGGCCGCGACGGCCGCGAUUCGCCUGGGUUGCGGCCGGAGAUCGUAGCCCUGGACACCUUGGAGGCGGUGAGGCAACUGGCGCAGGAAGGCUUCUUGGACCCGGGCGUCCUGGUCUUCGCGAGCGACACGAAUCCGGGCGGGAGCCGCAAGGGAGCCAACAUCGGAACCCAAGAGGAAGCUUUGUGCCGGCUCUCCACCUUGAGGCUCGCGCAGGAGCAGCUGGAGUAUCCCAUCCCAGUCUUAGGCGUGGCCUACGUCCCCCAGGUCCAAGGGCUGCUCCCUUCGGGUGUGGUCGGCUUCGGCGCCAUCUGCUCGGCUUUGCGCCAGUGCCUGGCAGAUGAGACCCCCACUGCCAAGGAGGCCAAGUUUUUGGAGGCCAAGGUGGCCAGUGUGCUUGGGACGGCUGUGGCUUUCGGCCACCGCAGCCUCGUGCUGGGAGCCUGGGGCUGUGGGGCCUUUGGCAAUCCACCCGCCGCAGUCUCCGGUGCCUUUGCCGCUCAGCUCCAAGUCGAGGCCUUUCGGGGUGCCUUCGAUCGCGUCAUCUUCGCAAUCCCCGACGACGCGCUGCGCCGGGCCUUUGCUGACACCUUUGGGGAGACCUUUGGCGAAGCUUUGGCCAUGCCACCGUAG